AUCUAGCAUCUCUGUCAUCUGUAUAGAUCUAGAUCUAGUGACAAUCUAGUCUAAUAAAAUCUAAUUAUUGAUUGUUCAUGAUAACUUCACAUCUGAAGUCAGUCAUCGUUUUAUCCCAAGCAUAGAUCUAGAUCGGCUUGUCGCUAUGGCUAAAACUAAAAGUAAAGGGGUGGUAGAAGAAAUAUUUUUAAAUAUUCCUAUGUGGCCAUUUGCAGUCGUUACGGUUUCUUUGCCUGGAGUUGCAUUAUUUGUGUGUUUUGUCACCGCUGUAAUAUUCCAGUUUGAUGAUGUUAACGAAACAAUGUGCAAUGUUAAAAAUUUCAUCCCUUCCAUCAGUGCAGUGACCGGAGUGACUCCACAGACCUACUUGUGGCGCACAUGUAUAGCCCUUCACUCCACACCCAGGUUUGCAGUCUGUCUGUUCACUUACAAUCACUACGUCAGCCGGGCCCACAGUGUGCACCCACAGAGGUUGGCCAAAUAUAUGUUUCUUAUCAAGGUCAACUUCUGGCUGAACUUUGUUGAGAACUCCUGUCUCACUCUGGUGGCGUAUAUAACCAAUCGAGAGAACUACCCCAUUCAUGAGAAAAUCUUUGUAGUCUUCAUGGUAACAUCAUUAGCUUACAUGCUUCUGAAUACUAUUCUUUUCAACUGGAGCAGAGCAGGAUCGUUUAGUGAAACAGACAGAGUAUCUUAUUAUUGGAAAAAAGUGAUGUUUGCCUCUAUAGCAACGGCUACAGCCGGCCUAUUAGCUAGUUUUAUUCUUCAUCGAGUUUACUGUGUAGUUGGUGCCUUUAGUGUGUUUUCAGCCUGCGAGUAUGUCAUAGCCUACACCAAUAUGGGCUACCAUUUCACUGCCUAUCUAGAUUUCAAAGACAGGUCUUUCCUGUUUGGGAGGCUCUGUCCAUACCCAAGAAACAACAACGAGUCCUCCUCUCUAGCAGUGACCAACAACAAUGUUAAGCUCAAGAACAAAGCUCACUAGUGUAUACCUGGAUGUCAUGUGCAGUACGGCCCGGCACACACGCAGGCAGUGUUGUUUGCUCCUGUGGCCCCUCUUGUUGUAGAGUGUUGACGAAACACCUCAUUCCACUUGUGAUGUCUGGCACCUCACAUAUUGUAAGGUCUCUCUCUAAAUGACUUGCAUUUUUGUAUUAUGUUUUAAGUCAAUGGCUUGCCUUCCUUUUGUUUUACAGUCUAGAUUGUCUAUGUAUUUACAGCUUGCUUGGGACGUGUGAAUACUACAAUGUAUGGCACCACCUUUCCUUUUUUAAGGCCAAAAACACUAAUUUAAAAAAAAAAAACAUCAACAAAAAAUAAUACAUUUCCAAAUCAUUAUUAGUCGAUUUUAGGCACCCUCUGAGGAAGCAGAAUGAAAUAACAAAAUAAAAAAUCUUAAUUAUACUUUUCUAUCUUUUGUUGACUGAGUUGUAUACCAUCACUUCCUAGUCUACCCUUGGCAUUUUUCACACUCUACAGAUCCACCGAAAAACUGAUAUAUCAAUGAGCACAGUUUUAAAUGUUUGUAGCUUUGUUUACAAAGAAACAGAGACAAAAUGGCUUGUAUUGAAAAUUUGUUAGUUUUUUGUCAAGUCGCUAAUGAAUGGAAAGAAUUCCAAGGUCUAGUUGUUGAUUUAAACAAUAUCUUGCCUGGCUUCCAUGUAUCAUUUGUUUCAUUUAGCUCUCACAUGUUUCAAAUUUUUAAACCUUGAAUUAUUUUUAAAAAGAUUUUUUUUUUAUCAACAAAGUUGUUAGGGCCACUUCAUCUUUCUCUUGACGUGAACAAUUAAAUGUAACUUGAUCGGAAUUCAAACCCCGGACCUUCAGCUAGCCCUUAAGCACACUCUGUUAACUUGACUUGAAAUGUGCAAAGAGUUAAACAGCAUGUUUGUUUGUUUUAUUAAAUUAUUUAAAUUUAAUUAGAAUACCAGUAGAGUACAUAUUUGUCCCAUUCCUACAUAUUUUAGUUUUGGGUAGAUUAUUAUUUAGUGCAUUUUUUUCCCGCUGCUCUGCUCAUUUAGAGUUUGGCCCCUAGAACAAAUCUGAAGUCUUUUUAACUGUAACAUCAAGCUAAACUUAAAAACUUAAGGAACCAUUUUUCUUUACUAUAAGUCACAAGUAUAUAAUAUAUAACUGUAUAUAAAUAUGUGACUAGUUGAUGUAAAAGUAUAUGUGUGAUAUAAAUUGAUGAAAUGUUUUUAAUUUGCAUUUCUUUUAAUGUUAAUUUUAUGUAUGCAUUUAAAUGGUUAACAAUUCUGUUCUUGUAUGUGAGUAAGUCUUAUUUUACUUAUUGCGUUGGUUCUUAUUCCAAAAUCCUUGGUUGCUUCUAAAAUUCAUGCAGAAGUGUUAAAUCCUCACUGUUGUUUUAGAUAAUACACGUGAUGCUCUAUAGUUGACUAGGGACAACAUUUGGAUGUGAUUGCCCAGCUGAUUGAUAUCAAUGUUUGGUGUUGUUGUCUAGUUCCUUCUAGCUAAAUGUCUAUUUAUUGGAGAACUAUGUGUGUGAACACUGUUUGUGGUUUCUAUUAAAUUCUAUUGUUUUAGUGUCAUUCUUAGAUAUUAAAGGAGGGUGCAAUAUGUAUUAUCUUUUCAUGUGCUCUGGAUGUAAUCAAAGAUAAAAGUUUCUUGUCUUAGACAAAAUGUCCUAAAAUUAUGUUGUAGACUCAUAUGUCAGAAUGUACCUUGCUGGCGUUUACUGUAUGCACCAUUGGUUUGCUCCUUGUUGUUAAGACUACUGCAUCAUAUACAAUUAUAAUGUGGGUUAAUGGAAUCUAGAACAUGAGCUUUCAUACAAACAUUAGGUAGGUCUGUAAGAGACUUACAUUAGUUAAUUCUAUUUAAAUUAUUGGUCGGACAAUAAGUGUACUAGAGCAGUGAUACCCAAACUUUUUCUGUCUGAGGGCCAAAUAAAUUUCCGACAGGCCUGUCAUGGGCCGCAAUUGGAACCAAGUCACUGUGGCUUCUUUUGUGCUUCUAUUGGCAGGAGCUUUGACAGCCCUUUAACACAGCGAGUCGUUGUUUGGGCGUCACUGUAUUAAAGGGCUGGAUAACUAGAUCAUGGACCCUGGGUUACAUUUUUUUUCUGUCUUGUUUGUAGGUCUUAGUCGGCACUAUUUGAUCUCAGAGACCAACUCAUUCUUCUGCUUUGGUUGAAAAUCUCCCACCAACACAAUGUUUACCAUGACAUUUUUUUUAAAACUUUAAAUGGGGUUAAAACUUUUUUCUACUUUCAAGUCAUUUGUGACAAUAAACAAUUUUAGUUUUUAGGAAUUAUGACAAAAAUUUGAGUUUUUUACCAUUUUAUUAUUUAUUAAUGAAUGUCUCUCCUAUACUUUAAAAAAAAAUGUGUUACAAACACUUUAUAUGACUUGAUACUUUCAUGGUAAUACUACUUACAAAUUAGUAAUAGCAAUUAGUCAGUGUUGCAUUUUUACUUUUAGCAUUUUCUGAAUGUGUGACAUAACAAAUAAUUUGUUGACUAUUCUAGUUUUGAAUAUCUCAGAUUUAUGGUAUGAAGUCUCUUGGUAGUACUUUUGGGACUCAGGAGUUCUUACUAUAUUUGGAUAUAGCAAACAUCUCAAAAUGACAAAGACAUAGGUCUGCAUGUGUCAAAUGAGGGAGGGAGGGGUGAUUGAUAGGAGAAAAAAAAUACAGUUCAGCAACUUUGUAUUAAUUUAGAUGCAUUUGUUUUGUGUGUGUGUGUGUUCCAUUUGUGUGAGUGUGUAGAUAAAAAUUACUCUUUAAGUUACUGAUCAGAGGACUUGUUACUACAAAUCUUUUGAAGCAAUCAAAUGUGGCGCCUUAACUCUUUUUUUGACCACUCUGUUUUGUAUCUCAUAUAUAUAUAUAUAUAUUGUGAGGGUAGUCUUACUAUACACACAAGUAUUUUUUUAUACACUUGUUUUGUAUUGAUUAUUAUAUACACAUAUUGGAGGCGGGUUUAUACUAAAAGUUCUUUUGAUAAGUACACCCCAUACACCAUAUUAUUAUGGUAAGCAGAUCGGUAGAGGUUACAUAGCAGCAAUUGGGUUUAAAGCCUAUCAGUGAAUUUUUAAAGUUUUUAUCUCUCUUGGUUUUGUCAACAAAUAAUUAAGUUAAUGUCAUCAAGGCACAAUUAUACAAUCAUUUCUGUAUCAAUUGUAUAUUAUUAUUAUCAUCGAUGACUAACAGUCGCUGGCCAUUAAAGUUGACUGGAUCAGACUCUGGGUUUUAUAUUUGUCAUUCUACAUUGAUGCUCAUCAUUUCUACUUUGUGGCUCAUUGAGAAACAUUCUUGAGUAUUGAUGUCCUUGUAACUGAUGUUGGGGAAUCAAAUGUUAAGACCAUCUAGAACUGAUUGUAUACAAUGUUAUUAUUUUUUAACUCAAAAUGUUUUGUUUAAUUAAAAGGCUUUUAGGAAUAAUGAUAUACUUGGAAAUAUUUAGAUCUCAACUAGGUUUAGGAGGCGCGGUGGCCGAGCGGUAAAGCGCUUGGCUUCCGAACCGAGGUCCCUGGUUCGAAUCCUGGGAUUUUUAGCUUCGGGAUAUUUGGGCGCCUCUUAGUCCACCCACUUCUAAUGGGUACCUGACAAUAGUUGGGGAAAAGUAAAUGCAGUUGGUCAUUAUGCUGGCCACAUGACACCCUCGUUUAACCGUGGGCCACAGAAACAGAUGACCUUUACAUCAUCUGCCACCAUAGAUCGCAAGAUCUGAAAGAGGAGCUUUACUUUACUACUUUACAACUAAGUUUGAUUGGGGUUCUAGCAUCUCUUAUGGCUGACCACUUGGUAAACAUAAAUCUUUUUGUUAUUUAUUGUGUAGAGGCUGUGAGUAGUGCUUUCAGUGAUUGCUGUCUAUAAGAAUAAUAGCUUAUGAGCUUUGUAAUGAAUAUAUAUAUAUAUACUAAUUAUUUCUUUUGAUUUCUUUGUACAAUUACUUGGUACAAUAUGUUAGUAAACGUUGUUUGAUAAAUAUUUAUACAUUAUAUGCAACUAUCCAUUGUAUUACAGAGCAUAUCACAGUUUUGUGUUGUGGUGUAGGCUAUUGAUCAUGUAGUCAUGAACUGUCGCCCUAGCUAAAGUGACUGGCCUAGUAGAUUUAACUGUUAACUGUUUAUUGUUUUGAUACAAACAGUAUUCUUUAAGGAACAUUUUACCUAGCUAGUUUCCGUCCUAAACAAACCCUUUAAAAUAAAUGUUCUGCUUUCUGUCAAAUAAUUUUUUUAUUCUUUUUAAAAAUCUUAAUGACCAUCCCACUGAGUUGGUUUGAUGACAUCAGAUACACACUUUUGCUUGUAUUUAGUUUUUUAAAAGCCCUAUAAUAAACAAUUCAGAUCAAAUAAAAGCACUGAUGUUUUAUACAAUAUCCAAGUACACAUCUCCCCUUUUAUUUUGGUUUACUGUGCUUGUGCCAGUGGAAUGUUAAGGCCCUAAUUCUUACAUAUUAUUGACUUGUUUCAAAAAAAAAAGAAGAUAAUUGCGUUCUAGGCAUUUCAAUCUAGCCAUGCAUGUUAAUCAAUGACUUAAACUCUGCUAAGUCAUUCUGGAAGGCAAUAGUUGAUUACUUUAUCUUAAGACUAAGAUUGCUUAAUUUAUUCUAAUAGGAAAUUUAUGAUUACAUGACAUAGACUCACUGUCAAUAACCUACAUAACACAAUAAGAUAUUAAUUAAAUGACUACACACAUACCAUUUAGGUCUUUUCCACAUCCUUUAAUCAAUGAACAACUCUGAUACAGUCUGACAGUCAAUGAUAAGCACUGAUACAGUCUGACAGUCAAUGAUAAGCUCUGAUACAGUCAAUGAUAAGGACUGAUAGUCUACCAGAGUAAGAAGCAAAUGAGUUUUUAAAAGCAUUUUGUUCUUGCCUUAAUGUCACCCACUUGGAGACAUUGAAUGUCAUUGGGGUGGAUCUAGUUCUGCCAUUUUCCUUUUCUUCUGCUGAAUACUUGUUCAAUGAUCCCUUAGAAUCGCAAUUGAUCCUUUUGUUUUCUCAACAAAGAAAAUGUGUGUCCUUGCAUUGUGUUUCUGAUUAAGAGGGUAUCAUCUGGCCAGCAUAGUGACCAACCACCAAUGUGUGUGGUACCCACCAGAGAUAACAGGACAAAGGGGUGUCCUAAAAAAAUCCCCCCAGACUCAAAAUCUUAGUCAUCACUGAGAUACUAACUCAUGACCACUCUGUUCGUAAGUCAAAUUCUUUUAGCUUGUUUCAGUCAAAUAAACAAAUUGAGCUUUACAUCAUCAUCACCCAUAGAUCACAAGGCCUGAAAGGGUUUACCUUUGUACCCUUUACUGGGCCUUUACCAUAUAUAUACACAUCACUUAAUCAGUGUUAACAAGCCAUGUGCUCACAAUUCCUGGCUACAAAAUUUCUACGUUCGUAUUAGGUUAUAGUAAUAUUUCCCUGCUAUUUUUCUCCAGUCUUCAUUGGGUCUUAGGUAAUGGCUAUAAUUCUAUGCAUGUACAUGUCUUGUUGUGUGUUGUUUUUUUUAAAAAAGCGCCUUCUGCUUAUAGUAUGUUUAUUAUACAUUGAUAAAUUAUUAUUAAACAUAGAGCUUGUGUAAUCUUUGUGUGCUGGUUCUGGAGAGACACUGGCUGGUUUUAUGAAAUUGUGUAACACUUUGAAAUAAUCAUUUGAAAAGUUGUCUAACGAUGUCACAGGGUUAUAAUUUAUGUAUUCACAUCUACUAUCAUCCAGCGCAUUUAUAUGUACUAUUAUUUGGUAUAUUUACAUAUAGUAGGCCUAUCAUUCAAUGUACUCUGUAUAGUAUCAUUCAUUGUAUUUAGAUAGUUAAUACUACUGUGAUGUUUCAUGUGGAUACUUUGUAAAGGUGCCAUGUCAUUAUAUGCUGAUCAUGAUUCAUGCAUGGCGACUGUAUUGUUGUUCACUGUUAUAGAAUACAUCUCACUCUGUUACCAUAGUAACGUGUUGUUCCAAAAGUAAAUGUUCAUGUAUCAUGUGUAUUCCUAUGGAGAUUUAAAAUUUAACUAUAUCUUCUCAUCUACCGUACCUUUGAAAACAAAAUCAUGUUUCAGUGGUGCAAUGAGAUUAAAAUUUUAUUCACCCCCUUC